CCAUAUGUAAAAUACCUUAAAACUUACACACGGAUAAGUAAGAGGCACAUAGCACACAUAAACAUAAACGCUCAUGCACAAGUAUACACGUUUCCUUUUACAGUUUCGGUUAUAAUUUGGUGACAUUUUAAGAAUCGAUUAAUGCUCGCGGUUACAUACAGCUUUCCUCAUCGUCGUUAAACGCUUUUAAUACAAUUAUCUUAAUCUGCCAUCUUGAUGUAUGCACAUUGUGAAGCAUUCGAUUCUUGUGAAUAAUUGCAAUCGGGUAUGUAAGUUAGUUUUUUUCGUUUUUAAAAAAUAUUUUUAGAGCAAAUAACAAAUGCCAUCGCAUAUGCAUUUAUUGUAUAUUUAUAACGAUAAAAGACUAACAGAUACUAAUUAUAUAAAACUCAUACAAAAGUUAUCUUAUUCUUCUGACUUAAUUGAAUUAAUAUUUCACAUAUGCUUUUAUCGUAUUUUCCUUUUGCCAAUGGAAGUAUUUAACAUUAGUAGAUUCACCGUGUGGCUGAUGCUGUUCAACUGAUAAUAAUUGCUUAUAAUUCUUGAACGCCUAUUGGCAAGAAAUGGAAUGAGUAAAAUGUAGUGUCUCCUCAUAUAGCCGAAACGAAAAAUACUACACGCCUGGUAGACUUUGAAUGGAUGUGGCGGAACCAUUGAAACACGGUGGCAGGCAGACACAUUUAUCAUAGAAAUAUUAUGCUAUCAUAAAUAUCAUUCAUCUUGCAUCGAUGUCGUGAAUUUUCCAUAAAAUAAUACACUAGGUACACGAGAUAGUUAACUUAUAAGAUGAUAUAUACGUCGAAACUAAGUCGCCAGUAUUGCACGACCCAGUUUUCGAUCUAAUUUCUGUUUUAUCAAUUUAAUAUGUGAUACUUUGCAUUUGUUGUCAGAUAUUCUAAAUUACAAGAUUAUCAUAUAUUGAAAUUCUUAAUGUUAUAUCGGUCAUUUAUUUUCAUGGGUUGUGUAAUACGGGCAUUGUACUCGAAUUAAGAGACUACAUAAACGUACACAUCUCUGAGUCCUUACCAUAUAGUAUCCUUCUUAUGUUCCACAUUUUUUAUUCAUUUGAAACUUUUUUACCGUUUUCAAAGUUUUCAAAGUAACGUGGAAUGACAUUAAAAGGCAUUCGAAUUACUCAUUGUUACGAGCCCAUCAAAAGUUUAAAAAUUGUUUUUACCCAGGUUCAUGUUAUUUCGAUCUUAGUUCACUAUCUUUCAUAUUCAUAAUAACGAUUACCAUUAUACACUGUAGAGAAACAAUAAUUUUUCCUGGGAGUCUAUCAUUCUUUGAAAUUAAUUUCAAUAUAGAACAAUAUUUAAAACAACAAUUGUAUAUACUGGAGUCAUCAUGUUCGAUAUGACAUGGCUCACUGGUGAUUAUUAUCAAUACUUUCACGUUAUAUAAACGGGACAGGAAUUUCCUCCGCAGUGAAUGUGAAAUCGAGGAUAUAGAUGGUAUACAAAUUUUUUUAAAACGCUGCUUCACAUUGCUUUUAAAGUCUUAUUGAUAUUCGUUGUUCCGGUCAUAUUUUCCAUUAUUCUCAGUGUUAAAUGUUACAUCGAACGUUUGUGCAUAAUGUCUCAUUUAUAUCCAGAUGCACGAUCCUCUCUCCUAUACGAAAGAUCCAUCUUGACUCGAUCCACACAAACGGCGCAACCAAUAACACUAUGCAGUACGGCAUCGCUUCGACACCACAAUCAUUCUCCAAACCGUCUUAUCAUAAUCAUUUGUUCCAUGUAUCAGUAUCGAACGACCAAUCAUAUGUGAGAAUGUUGCUGUUUCGAAUCUGUGCCCUCGCAAAUAGUGUGCACAUCAGCCUGCGAAUAUCAGGAUGAGCGUUUUAGAUACAAGUGUGAGAAAAAUGAUGUUCCAAUCACGGUUACAAAUGGUUCGACUCUACCAUUGGUCGAACGACCCGACGACGAAGAGGCAGCUCUCUAUGAUCCAUUCGAGCAUCGGAAGCUGGCGCAUCCGACCUCGGAUAUGGAUACCCUUAUUCACCUACUCAAGGGCAGUCUUGGAACCGGUAUACUGGCCAUGCCUCUUGCUUUUAAGAAUGCAGGAUUGGCAUUCGGAUUCUUCGCCACUUUUUUCAUCGGUGCUGUGUGCACUUAUUGCGUCCACAUUCUGGUCAAAUGUGCGCAUACCCUUUGUAGGCGAACCCAAACGCCCAGUUUGGGAUUUGCCGACGUCGCGGAAGCGGCCUUUCUUGUCGGACCUGAACCUGUGCAAAAAUACGCCAGGCUAGCGAAAGCAACUAUCAAUUCUUUCCUGGUAAUCGAUUUGAUUGGCUGCUGUUGUGUGUACAUCGUCUUUGUAUCCACAAACAUUCAGCAGGUAGUUGGCGCCUAUACAGAUAACAAAUGGGAUGUUCGGAUCUACAUGGCCAUGCUGUUACCAUUUCUCAUAAUCUUUUCACUUGUGCGAAACCUCAAGUAUUUGGCACCCUUCUCCAUGGUGGCGAAUGUACUGAUUGCUGUUGGAGUUAGUAUCACGUUCUACUACAUCUUCAGUGAUUUACCAAGCAUCGGUGAUAAGCCAAACUUCUCUAGUUGGUCUCAGUUGCCCCUCUUUUUCGGAACAGCUAUUUUCGCUCUUGAAGGCAUCGGUGUUGUGAUGCCAUUGGAGAACAACAUGAAGACACCCACGCAUUUCAUCGGAUGUCCUGGAGUAUUGAAUAUUGGCAUGUUCUGCGUGGUCUUAUUAUACACUGGAGUUGGUUUCUUUGGUUACGUAAAAUACGGAGACGCUACGGAAGGUUCAAUUACGCUCAAUCUCCCGCGGGAUGAAGUUUUAGCGCAGUCGGUGAAAGUUAUGAUUGCGAUUGCGAUAUUCUUGACCUAUGGUUUACAAUUUUAUGUGCCAAUGGAAAUUAUUUGGAAGAACAUCAAGCAGUAUUUUGGAUCGAGGAAACUUUUGGCGGAGUACGUAAUGCGUGUCGUCUUUGUAGUGUUCACCGUAGGCGUCGCCAUUGCCAUACCAAAUCUUGGGCCGUUUAUAUCUCUCGUCGGAGCCGUGUGUCUUUCGACCCUUGGUCUUAUGUUUCCCUCUUUAAUCGAGCUAGUCACUGUCUGGGAACAGGAAAACGGUUUAGGUAGGUUUAACUGGAGGUUGUGGAAAAACAUUGCCAUCAUUUGCUUUGGCAUCUUGGGAUUCGUCACUGGUACCUACGUCAGUAUUCAAGAGAUCAUCGAGCAAAAUCAGACAUCUUCUGGUCCUGCCUAAUAGACUGCCUCAAGCUGCCUUGCCACUGAGCUACUUGAAACGAUCAGAAGUAUCGCUGUGCUGCGCUUUUCACAGUCGCAGCCACUUCAAUGACACGAUACACUACUAUUACCAUCAGUGCUACCGCCAUCACCUUCACUAAAUGCCUUACAAUUUUUCAAAAUGGCUAUAAUGGAUGAAAUCAUUGAGUUAGAGAUAAUGGUGAACACAAACACUCAGAUUUAGAAGUUGGCCAUUCGAGCUAUUCUCUUGAGUUUCGUGAUUUGGUUCGUGCUCGUCUACAAAUAAUUCUGAUGCAUUUUCUCAGUGUCCUUUGACGCGUGCGCUCAAAUCAUCCUGAAUGAUAUCUCUAAUCAAUUCUUAAAGAGUGUUAAGCAAACAAUCAUGAGUAAUGCUUAUAAUGUUUAAACGUAAAUUUCGAUUUGGAAAGACAUAUUAUAAUGGCAGAACGUAAGGUUCAGGCAGUAAGCAAGCAUCGAAUUACCUGAUCGUGAUUAGGACUUACAUUCUCAGAAAGUAAUUAAUACAGGAUUAUGUGUGUUACAUGAAAAUUGCAUAUUUUAUUUAGAGUCAAUUGCCUAAACUUUUCAACAGUAGACAUCAUUGUAUUGUUCAAUGAUACAGAAAAUUCAACUGGUUUUAAAUUCAGUGAUGAGAAGAACUUUAAUAAAAUUCAAACGGAUACAGCUGUUUGUUAUAGCGUUUCUAUGUUGUCCAAAUACUGAGGAUUGCGAAACAUAUAUUUCUCUACGCUGUAAGAUCAUUAUAUGAAAGAAUGUUUAGCUAGUUCGGUAUAUAUCAUCGUCAACUCAAUCUACUGUUAUUAUUGAUAUUGAAAAAAAGUGCUGUGUUUUAUACAUUUCGUUAAAUGUCCAUACCUUUUUCUUAAGUAGUUAUUGUAUAACUCAUGUUUGCAAAUAAUUAUUUUGCCAAACGCUCUUUACAAGCUCCUGUUAUAAAAUUGGUAUAAACAUACCUGGUCAUUUGCUUUGGUUUCGUUUUUAAUAUUUGACACCGGAAUAUGAUUAAUAAAACUGAGCACGAUCUCUCUUCCUCUCUGUCUUUUUUUUACACGCUUUUGAUGCAGUUUAUUACUAUUACUUAUUAUGAAACCGCUCUCGUGAUCAGCUUCAGUAUCAUAUACUACAUUUAAAUACUGUUACCAUUAUCGCUGCUCUCAAUUUUAACAUUACCCUGGUCAGUGAUGUUGUUUUUUUUACUAUUUCGGUUGCGGUAACUAUAUGCAAAUUAACUGACACAUACGAAAGACAUAACAAGGCCAUAUACGCAACACACAUAUACACGUACACAUAAAUAGAUAAUUAAUAAAGUACGCAUUGUAGCUUUAGAUUAACAGCGAUCUUGCCUCGCAUGAAAUGUAGACACGAAAAACGUAGUAGCUAAGUUUUAGUUAGCAAACUACUUGGCCGAUCUAUCAGAUUGGUUCUCGCAUUUCAUGAUAUUCAAAAAUUCCAUGAUAUUCGUGAACCAAUUUAGAGCGAGGCUUAAUUGCGAUAGGCAAGAUGAUCUGUGAGGCCCCUCUGUGAUUGGCCAUAGGACGGAGCGGGAGCUGUUCCACAAUCCUGUGGCAAAUUCAUUUAUAUUAUAUAUCGUGUAGCUCGAUUUUACUUCUUUGAGACUCGGUGCGCUUCAUUCACGCUCUCAGUUCCUGAUAAUGCAUUGAUUUCAUCUUCUCUAUCUUAUAUCUCUUUAAAGAAUCCCUAAGGUCCUUUAGAACUGCUUGAUUCCUAUGUUAAUUUGCAAGAUCGUUCCUACGUUUGCACGCAUGUUAACUUGGUGACUAUACAUAUAUGCUUCCCUGAAAGAGUAUAAUUUGUUUCGACUCAAUCCUAUGUUAAUUGUUCAGUAUAUCUGGUACGUUCAUUACGUUACUUUUUUUCAUUAAUACGCGCGCACAAACGCAGACACAGGAAGUUGCCGCGUCUUCUUAGACCGUCCUCGGAUUAGUCUCUUUUUGUAAACCAAUAUGGUUCAAACAUUGGAUGAGAAUAAUCUUUUUUUUUAAUAAUGUAUUUUAUUUUUAUGCCACGAAGUUACACGAUUGCUAUUACAGAAUACAGCGUACCGUGAACAAGGUUCGUAAACACGGGAACAUAUUAUUUAGCGUUCGAAAUGACUUGCAGGAACGGCACAGUGUCAGUUUGUGCGCAUCACUGUAUGAUAACACGGUUUUUACAUGUUACUCAGUCUUGAAAAUAGCGUAAGAGAAAGUGGAAUUAUUUUUUGCCUAUAUUUAAUGAAUAGAAUGUGCGCAUAGAAUAUGGUUGGUUAGGCUGAAUCUCAGUAAUGUGAGACGAUUUUGGCGGUGAUUUUACGGACGCUAGAUAAAAUAUAAAGUUUCGUCGUAAAAUCGUUCAAUUAGACUUGUUGUGAGAUGUUAAUAAAAAAAAGAGACAUGCGUCCCUCUCGGUAGUUGAGUGAUCUACUUUCAACUAAUAAGUCAUAAUCUUAAGUGCCUGUGUAACGUAAAUAAUAGAAAUAAAGAGGAUGAACACUGCAUUUUUAAGUAUCUACAAAAAGUUUACUACUGAGCACGUUUUGCACUUAUACUUUAGUCCCUUCAAAUCAAAGGCGUAAAUGUAAAGUUCGCGAGUGAGUGAAAUGUACAUUAAAGGAUAUCUACUUCGAAGGAGUUUAUUAUAUAUAAACGAAUCUCAUAAAUUCACAUUUUACACAUCGAUUGUCUAUACAUAUACACAUUUAAAGCAAAGUGUACGUGCGGGUACAUUAGCCAAGCCAAUCAGGAACUAAUACAGUAAAGUGGAAUUAAAUAUGUGGAAAAGCCAAAAAACUGUAAACACUUAACGACUUCUUUGGAACUGUGAAUGAAAUUACGGUACUAUGAGUAGGACAAUUUUAUUCACAAUUUAAUACGUAAUAGAAUCAACUUUUAUAUUUAACUUUCUUAGUUCAUCCUCAUUAUUUCUAUUCUUUAUAAUGUUUGCGAACAAACGCUGUUACGAGGAAGUCACUAUUAUUUAAUGAUCAAUGAUGACUUAUUCAAUGAUUAGCAUCGUCAUAUCACACCUUUUUUCCUGCGUUACUGAAAGUGAGCAAGUGAGAUCACUACAAUUGUUUUGAGUAUUGAAGGUUAUCCUCAGAUCCUUUUUUAUCAAUGUAACAUUUCUUUCUGAGUUAAAGACUUUAUUAUGCAAUAAUAAUUUAAAUUGAAUGUACAUACAUGUUCCCGUUUCUAGUAUGAUUUUGGUAAAAUGCUCUCGGAAGAUUAUCUAUUACUUUUAUAACUACCAUCAUUGAAAGUUGAACAUUACCUCCAGCAAAAUUUGAAAAACUUUUUUUUUAAACCUAUGUACGUAGAAAAUUAUAUCUGCCGAAUGUGAUAAAUAGUUGCACUAAGAGAAAAUUGGCGAAAAGGGAAAGGCAAUCGAGCAGGGAAAGAAACAGAAAUCAAUGAUCCGAUAACCUGAUUAAAAUUGGGAAAAUUUGAAAGCAGUUUUGAUUAAAAAUUAAUAGACUCGUAUUACGAUAGCCAUGAUACAAACGCAGCUCUUCUCACUCAAAUAAUUCUUAACCGAGAUACAUAUAUUUAGAAAAGUUAUUGUUUAAUUAAAUCGUCAUCUGUCUCAAAACUCUGAGUCAUUCCAAUGGAUAUGACAGAUAUAUACAAACUACAGUUUUCUUCUCUUAUAUUUCCUCGCUUUGUACUCACUUGAUUGUGAGCUACUCCGUCUAUACAAGUGAAUUAAACUAUCGUUAAAAACACAACGACAAUAAAUUGAAUAAGACAAUAAGUUGGUAUGAAUGUCUCGGUUAAUUUUUUCGCGACAGAAUAUCUGCACUGCUUUCAGCGCGUCCGUAAAAUUUUGUAAAUUACAGCAUUUUGCACGAAAUGUUAUUCGAUAGUAGCGAAAAUAUCCUACUACGUAUAUACAUACGAACGACGAGUAGGAUUGGUAUAUAUAAAUAGGAUAGAACACUGUGGUUAUCAUGCGGUGAAACUAAAAGCCUUUUGAAAAGAUAAACGUCUCUGAUUGAAUUCUUUGGAUAUCAUUCUAUGGUGGUAAAAGAGGAAGCGAACAUCUUAGGUUAUGCCGGCGUGCAGUUGCUCUAGCCAAUGACUUGAUAGUUGUGUUUUUACAGAUGUAGAUAUAUACCUGUUUUGUGUAUACUGUUAUUUUAUGAAUUAUUGUACUAUACAUUAUUAUAUUUAAUACAUGAUCUAAAGAUUCGCAAAAAUUUGUAAAA